AUGGUCUCGUCCACGUGCAUCUCAUGUCUGUUUGCCACGGGCAUAUUUGUCUCGCUUAUUCUAGCAAUUGCGGGUGUUUUUGGAAUUAUUUUCGGUCCAAAAGUUAUUCAAAAUCAAGUCGUGAAACAAUUACCACUCAGUGCUGACUCGGAUAAACUCGACUCGUGGAUUAAUCAACCGGUGCCGACCUAUAUUCAAUUUUGGCUAUGGGAAUGUGUCAAUCCGGACGAUGUUGUACAACAGGGAAGAAAACCAAUGGUUGUUCAACGUGGUCCAUUUACUUAUAUAGAAAAUAAAACAAAAACCGAUGUUUUUUUUAAUCCAAAUUUAACAGUUAGCUUUCGUCAACCGACUUCUUAUACAUUUGUUCGACAUAUGUCUGCAGAUGAUGACAGUUUACCAGUAGUCAUGAUCAAUACACCAAUAAUAACGAUUUUAAAUAUUGCACGAAAUCUAUCAAAACCUACUAUCUAUGAAGAUAUUGUCAAUCUUAUUGCUAAAGUAUUUAAUGAAACUUUAUUUGUAAAACGUACAGCGAAUGAAUGGAUUUGGGGUUAUGAAGAACCUUUAUUUAAAGCAGUCAAGAAAAUACCAAUUGUUGGACCAUUAAUUCCCGAUGAUCAUUUCGGUUAUUUCUACGGAAGAAAUGCCACCGAUGGUGGAUUGUACACGGUUUUUACAGGUGAAAAUGACAUAAAUCGAUUAAAUUAUAUCAACAAAUGGAAUGGUGGUUCAUAUUUAACCUAUUGGAAUUCAACCCAAUCGAAUCAAAUCAAUGGUACAGAUGGUAGUUGGUUUCCUCCAUUAUCGACCAAUAAACUUCAAUCGGAACGUUUGUAUGUAUUUUCCACAGACGUUUGUCGUUCAAUUUAUCUAACAUUCGACAGUCAUUCAUCAGUAUUAAACAUUCCGACGGAAACAUUUUCGAUUCCAGCCGAAGUUUUAAAUAAUGCAACACUCAAUCCGGAAAAUGCCGGUUUCGGUAAUCUCGAUUCCGGUGUACUCAAUGUUAGUACAUGUCAACAAGGCGCACCAAUUAUUCUUUCAUUCCCACAUUUUCUCUAUGCUGCUGAACAUUAUCAAGCACAUAUCGAUGGAUUAGCACCGGACGCGGAUGCUCAUCGAACUGUACUUCAAAUCGAACCUCAUACUGGAUUCGUUUUUAAUGCUCAAGAACGAAUACAAAUCAAUGUCUAUAUUGAACAUGAUCCAUUAUUUGAUGGUCUCAAAAAUGUGCCUACAUUAAUCAUGCCAGCUGUUUGGAUAAAUGAAUCGACAGUAAUCGAUCAGAAAACAGCCGAUGAUUUUAAAUCUGAAGUUCUUCGAAUAUUUACAAUUAUUCGAUGGUUAUCAAUUGGUUUAGCUAUAUUCGGUACUAUUGCUCUAUUUACUGUACUUCUGUUUUUAACUAAACGACAACGUCAACAAAAACCACGUUUAUUAUAUGCCGGACUUAACAAUGAACCAGUUUCGAAACAUGAUGAAGUCGACUCAGCUGCAUUAAAAAUGAUAUCACAAUUAUCUCAAGCUAUAUCAGGAAAAUCUCAUGUACAAUUUCCAAUAAUAUUUGAACCAACACAAAUUGGUCUUUAUCAACUUUCAUUAUUAUAUAUAAUUAAUAAUUUUUAUCAACAUUAUGUUAAAGUUAUAAUUGAUGUUUGUUUACCAACUAUACAAUUAUCAACAGACAAACUUCUUAUACGUUCAUUACCACAUAUUUUAGCUGAAGAUUCAUUUCGAAAAGUUGUUCAUUUAUAUAAUCCAUUAAAUGCACCGGCGAAAUUUCGUUGGAUACCAAUUAUUGGCUCAAAAGGAACAACAUUUUCAAUUCAUCCAGCAACAGGAGCCAUUGAACCAUAUCAAACUGUUGAUAAUGAGGUUAUUUCAGUUCUAGGAGAACAUGAACAAGAAAUUUAUAUGACAGGUGAAGUUAUCGAACCAAAUUUAAAUAUUCCUGAAAGUGAAAUUAAUUAUGGUGAUGUAUCAAUAUUAAUGAAAGCAUCAAAACAAUUUCAUAGUGAUAAUAAGGUAGGAAUAAAAAAAAACUUACGUUAA